GACUGUGAAGGGCUAAUGUCUAAAUUUUUUGUUCAUUGAUGCAUGAUAUCAGAUUUUGCUGAAAGUACCUUGAUUAUCUUUAUUACAUAAAAUGACAAUGCUGUCUGUUGUUUACUUAGUUAUAUCUCUAUGCAUGUUUCCUGAUGAUCAUGCUUGAAUUUGCAACUCUGAUUAAAUAUGAUGUUAUGCAGGACCCUGAUGAUAGUCUGAAACGAAAAACUUUUGAACUGUUAUACAAAAUGACCAAGUCUUCCAAUGUGGAAGUGAUUGUUGACAGAAUGAUUGAUUACAUGAUUAGCAUAAGUGAUGACCAUUAUAAAACCUAUAUAGCAUCUCGAUGUGUGGAACUUGCUGAGCAAUUUGCACCAAGUAAUCAUUGGUUUAUACAGACCAUGAAUAAAGUUUUUGAGCAUGCUGGAGAUCUUGUUAAUAUUAAAGUGGCACAUAAUUUAAUGCGGCUGAUUGCUGAAGGAUUUGGGGAGGAUGAUGAUGCUGCAGAUAGUCAGUUGAGAUCAUCUGCUGUUGAGUCAUAUUUGCGCAUUAUUGGAGAGCCCAAGCUUCCUUCUGUGUUUCUUCAAGUCAUCUGUUGGGUUCUUGGGGAAUAUGGAACAGCGGAUGGAAAGUAUUCUGCUUCAUACAUCAGUGGAAAGUUAUGUGACAUUGCAGAGGCAUAUUCUAAUGAUGAAAAUGUCAAGGCUUAUGCAAUUUCAGCAUUGAUGAAAAUUUAUGCGUUUGAAGUGGCAGCUAGGAGGAAAGUGGAUAUCCUACCUGAGGUAUAUACUAAAAGACUGGCUUGUCAAUAUUGUAUUGAAUAAUUAUUAGCAUCCCAUUCUACAGAUUUGCAGCAACGUGCUUAUGAAUUGCAGGCCCUUAUAGGUUUGGGAGUACAAGCAGUUGAAACAAUAAUGCCAAGAGAUGCAAGUUGUGAAGACAUUGAGGUUGACAAUAAUCUUUCUUUCCUCGAUGGGUAUGUUCGGCAAUCUCUAGAAAGGGGUGCUCAAGCCUAUAUUCCCGAGGAUGAGCGCACUGGAAUGGGGAAUAUGAACAAUUUCAGAAGCCAGGAUCACAAUGAAUCUUUGCAGCAUGGUCUAAGAUUUGAGGCAUAUGAAGUUCCAAAGGCACCAAUGCAACUGAAAGCUACUCCAGUUUCAUUUGCAUCCUCAGCAGACAUUGUUCCGGUACCUGAGGCACUUUCUUCCAGGGAAACUCACCAUAUUUCAUCAGCGGGAUCAACAUCAGAAGCUGGAUCGUCAGAGCUUAAGCUAAGGCUUGAUGGUGUUCAGAAGAAGUGGGGUAGGCCUACUUAUUCGUCUUCAGCUUCUUCUGCCUCUGAUUCUUAUUCUACAUCACAAAAGUCAACAAACGGGGCGGCACAGGUGGAUGGUGCUACAGCUGUUAAUUCAAAAGUACGCGAUAGUUAUGAUUCAAGAAAGACGCAGGUUGAGAUUAAUCCAGAAAAGCAAAAGCUUGCUGCUUCAUUGUUUGGUGGUUCAACUAAAACUGAGAAAAGAUUGUCUACAAGCCAUAAGGUUCCAAAAUCUAAUGCUGCAGACGGAGCUCAGGGAUCAAAGGCUGCUGUUGUACCCAACGAGGUAGCUGUGGAAAAAACAAUUCACCAACCCCCUCCUCCUGAUUUGCUUGACUUAGGUGAAUCAGCUGACAACAGUCCUCCCUCUGUGGAUCCAUUCCAGCAAUUAGAAGGACUUUAUGACCCAAGCAUUAAUUCUGGAAUAGGUCAUAAUGUAGGUGCUACUACAAAUGCCCCUGAUAUUAUGGGAUUGUAUUCGGAGAGUACUGGCAGUGGUGACUAUUCUAUACCUGUAAGUGGGAAUAAUGUAAAUCUUUUAUCUGAAUUGUCCAAUCCAGCUGUAAAAGCUACUAGUGGAGAAACAAUUACGACGCCUUUGCCCCAGUCUAUUAAGGGUCCAAAUGCUAAAGAUUCGUUGGAUAAGGAUGCACUAGUGAGGCAGAUGGGUGUGAACCCCUCAAGUCAGAAUCCUAACUUGUUCAGUGACUUGCUUGGCUAAUCUGUUUACUAAUCCAAUUCCGGAUCACGAAUGCUUGAAGAUAGAUUGCCUCGCGACUUACUGCUUUGUCGAGUUGCCUGAAACAGUUUGCUGUCUGAUAUAUUCUCAAUUGAAUAAUACAAGUUAUUAUCAGGCAUGGAUAAUACGAGUUUCCCCUCAUCUUUGUUGUACCAAAACUGUAUUCUUUUUAAGCUUAAUGUGCAGUUUUCCAUGUCCAUAGGCUGUUUUUCCAACAAUGAGAAGUUUGAUACUGCUGCGGUUAAUAAUAAUAUCAGUUUGAUGUGAAUGACAUUUGAAGUUUUUAAUUG